UGUAUUGUUACGUUUGGCAACGCUGUCGAGCGUCUCUUCACAGAUUUGAGUAAUUUCGUAAGCGGUGGGCUUUGUUGUUAAAUGGUUGGUUAGCUGGACAACUUAGAGGACAUACUGUGUACCUGUAAGAUGGGCAGAAAUAUGCACUAGUAAAAAAGUGUAGCGGUGUUUCGGAUACUUCCCUACAGUGUGAGCAUCUAUUCGCUCAAAAAAUUAAUUGAAAACGGAUAGAUCACUUCCUAAAACAGUUGGGUACUACUAACAUGGAAUUGAAGUCUUCGAGCCAAAAAUCAGCUCAAAGAAACAAACGUCAAGCAAAAGUGUUGGAGGAGAACUUCUGGGAUUGUUCCGUGUGCACUUACAGAAAUACCGCGGAGGCAUUUAAGUGUCUAAUGUGCGACGUUCGUAAGGGCACCACUACCAGAAAACCGAGGAUAAAUCCGCAGCUUGUAGCCCAGCAAGUUGCACAACAAUACACGUCGACGGCGCCAAAAGUCGCGAAAAAGGAGGGAGGGACAAAAGAAGGAGGCACGAAGGACCCACCUCCCAAAGAAAAAACGGAGAAGAAAUCCGGGACCCCAGAGAAAGCCUCCAGGAAAAGCGUGCCACGGAUCAAAAAUAUUGACAGGACUACUGGCGUGACAAGUGAGGUCACUGUGAACGAUGUUACAGUAUUUAUAACAGAGUACAAAGCAAAAAAGCCCCCAGAACACUGUAGUCAGUCAAGUACCGCGUCCUCGGAACUGGGAAGCCACUCAGAAUCCAGCAAUGACGCUCGGAGUAGUGAUGCAGCCUAAUGGAUUCUGAAGGUCGAGAGAGAAUCUCUUCAAAGAAACUGCCAAAUGGUGCUAAGGACAGCAGCAUCUAUUUAAAAAUCCUGGCAGCUGCAGGACAGUAAACUCAAGAUUUUAAUAUAAACUUGUAAAAUACACAUAUGAAAAGUCAUACUGUAUUUAGAACAAAGGUAGCAGACAUAAUGAUGUAGUAAAACAUAUUUAAACAUAUGAAUGUCUAUACAAAAUAAUAUUUUUGUCAUCUAUUAUUCUUGUUACACUAAUGUGUCUAGUACAAGAAUAUAAAAUUCUUUUGUAAAUUAAGACACCUGUAAGGCGUUCAUAUUUGUUGAUACAUAUGAUGGUUUAAGAUUAUGUUUGGAAGAACAUUGUUUUAUAAUUGGAUAUUGAUUUAUUUGAGCAAAAUCAAGAAGGCUUACUGUCUGCUUGAACUAUGUUUGUGAUAAAAUAUCUUUUACAUUUGAAAAGUAUAUUUAUUUGAGUCAAUUUGAACAUUGUUUGCAUUCAGUGGCGUAUAUUAAUUAUAAAAGGGCACAUUACUUCGUGCAUCAUUGUUGUGACUUCAUCUGCACCUAUAUUAUGUAAUACGUGUUAGGUACGUGGCAGGCAGCAUAUUGUAACAGCACUGUUGACUGUAUUCAUUCGUAUUUUGAAGUAUAGAUUUUCUGAGCAACACCUGUGUGUUAUGGAUAUAGCAGUAGUACUUUUCUUAAUUUCACAGUGAAACUGUGUGGCAUUGUAUUUAACAUUUCAACCACAUAUUGAGCAUUGUUAAACAAACUAGUCAUAGAAGCAAAGAUCUUCAUGGAUACCAUGUGCCAUCACCUUUUUGGUUAACGACUAGCUAUCUGUAUCCAGUAUUAGGACAUUUUAUAUUAAAUAAGGAGUUCCUGCUUCUGGUUCUUAGUAACAGCCGUAUUCACAUUGGCUUCAUAGCAUAUAACAGUUGUUGGAACCUACACAGCUCUGCUCCUAGGGGUGCCGUACAGAAGAGACAAUAAGUCAUUGUCACAAAUAUAAAUUACCGUAUGCUGAAAACUCUCACAGGAACUAUUUCUGGUUCAUCUCACCAUGUAAGAUUUUUUGACUUAAUUUGUGCACAGCAGUAAGUUUAACAUACCUAGAGACCUAGUCCUUGAGACCCAUAUCAUGUAAUAAACUUAUAAAUGUGAAGAAAUCUGGCUUGGAAGAAAAAAGAUUCAUGUUGUGCAGCUAUAAUUAGCAAAAAUGGGUUUUUUCCCCACAGACUGUUAUCUGUGACCCCUCCGUCUGCCUACCUUUGCAUCUAUCAUCCAGCUGUUAUUGGCCCAUACAGCCUUCAGAAGCUGCCUCUGGCUCCUCCAAUAUAAACCUAUCUUCUCCCAGGGUGUUGAAAUGCUCACCUCAGUUAGGUCAUUUUCCUUCCCCACCUAAUAUACCAGUGACACAAGUUUCCCAUGAUUUUUCUCCUCAUCUCGGUGUGGGAAUUACUCCUUGUCACAUGACCUGCAACCAGAUCUGCUUGCUUCCCAUGAUGUUUGCAAUAUGUUAUCCCUCCCCCUUCACAUGACAUACGUCUUUGUUCACUGUGUUCUUUGUCCUCCGUCUUUGACAGGUUCAAAGAUUUGCUGCACCACUAUUCAGUCUUCUUAGCUACCCAGGUUUCAGAACAAAUGAGCGAAGGAUUGUAUCAUAGGUUGUACUCUGUGUGGCAUACAUUAUCUCAGCCUAUUUUGCAGCUUGAUGAAACAUAUAUCUCCACAUUAUACCUUAGGUCCAGUUCAUUACAUGUGGUUAGCCAACCUCCCAGGAACCUAAAUUUCUGAUUUGUAACUUAAAUCUACUUGUGAAAACUCAGUAUGGCCUUGAUCCAGAAGACACUAAAAUCUCAGUUUGUCUUUGUUUUGGCUCAGCAGCAUAAUGUCAUUUGUUAAGGCUCCUCAUUUGUUUUCAUUUAGUUCACUUUUGCUUACUUGAUGUUUAAUAUUUGCAUUAUAAUACAACACUGGUAAAGGUGCUUCCACACAUUUUACUUUGAACCUAUAGGACACUUUUGCAUGAAACACUGAACAAGCUGGUUGGGUGAAGGCAGUUGACUUGUGUUUGGGAGUAGUUAGUUUCAAACCCUGUUAUGGCCAUUCAUAUUUAGGUGUUCUGUUGUUUUCCUAAAUUGCUUAUGGCAAAUGCUUGGAUGGUACAUUUGGAAAAGUUUUGGCCAAUAUCAUUCCCCAUAUUUGCCCUGUCAAAGAUCAUGCUUUGCCUCUAUUAAUAUCACUGAUAGCUGGACAUUAAGCCAUGGUCAUCCUUCCUUACACCACAUGGCACUGUAUUAUUAGGUCCUUAAAGAUACCGUCUUGUUGAGUUGAUAAUCUUGUUUGGAUUUGGCUCUCUUGAUAAGACUUUUCCAUAAGAACUAAUGUAACAUGACUAAAAUACUCUUCUCAGUUUCGAAAGUUUUAUAGUGGCAUUUAAUCUUUUACUUACUUACAUUUAUUUUAUGCAGUUACUGUUGAACUGGUAUAAUAUCAACAUAUUCAAAUUGUGCAAGUGUACUUUUAUAUUGUAUCAAUAAUGUAUAUGUUAUACAUCAUAAACUGUAUGAUUUUUGAUAUUUACUUUGUUUGUAAAACCUGGUUUUUGGGACUUUAUUAUUUUUAUGACACGCAAAAAACGACUGUAGCCUAAGUGCUAUGGAGUGCGUAAGAUUUCUUAACUGCUCAGUUGCGAAAUAAGUCCAGAACUCUGCAGCAGAAUAUAUAUCCAGUACGGAACUGUAUAGUGACUUUGUGCUGGAGGGGAUUUGAACCUGGAACCAUUACAUUCUCUAUGCAGAUUUACUGACUAGACUAUGGAGGCAUGACUCAUUACCCAUGUGGAUUGCGUAGCCAGUAGAGCAUUUGUCUUAGAAGACAAUGGUUCUGGGUUUGAGUGCUGUCGUGGUACACAGUUUGAAUGUGUUAGGAAGAUUCAAAACAGCCCACAUUCCGCUUCAGAAUGAAAAUACAUUGUGGACACAUCACAAUAUUUGUUUCUGAUAGCUCUGUAAAUUUACCUGAAAGCUUUGGAGGGAUCACCAGGGACAAAUUCCUUCCCUGCAGUAAUAGACCAGUAUUGGCUUGUGAGACAGAGAUAGGUGUUAGAGUCGGACAGACUAUAGAGGAACAUCGAAUGCAGUUUGUGAUCACGAUAUGUUAAAGGCUGUAAUCUCUGUUGGCUAGAAUGAUUAAUAAGAGUACACAUAAGUGGCAAAUACUCUGCACUGAUUAUAUCACUAAGGAUUGCAUAUAUACUGGGUGCAUGAUGAAGUAUUUAGUUUGUUGGACUAAGGUGUAAAAUAUUAGGAAAUCUUUAUGCCGGCUGAAUGCAUCUAUUCGAGCAUAUGUUUAAAGUAAUGCUUUUUGCCUUUGUUUUAUAAUUUGUUAAUUAUGUGGGAGCGUGCUGUAUCACGCAUUGAUGGUGUUCAAAACCAUGUAGUUACAAACUUCCAGACUACUGGGUGUGCAUUUAUUGAAAUUGUAGAUACAAUUGUGAAACUGAUGUAUCCACUGACCAUCUUUUUUUCUUUUACCUUUUCUUAAUUUCAGAUGUGUAUGUGUUUCUCUACAUUGACUUUAACAAGUAUAGUAGUGAUGUAUAUAUCUGCUUCAUACAAGAUAUUGUACAUUGUCUUGGUAAUCUGCAUAUCUGUAUUUCUCCCCAAGUCAGCAUGAAACAAUGUGCUGUGGAAGAAUAGUCUACGAUGAGUGUUUGAAUUUAUUCUUUAUUAGUGCUCAAAGUGACUGUGUACCUUUGAUUGCGAGUCAAAAUUAUCCCAGUUUAUUUUGGCAGGAGUAAAAUGACUAAUUAUUUGUAAUUGCGUGUCACUCGACGCGUUUGUGUCCACUGCCAUACCCCAGUUCCUUGUAGAUAAUUGUGGGAGCAUCCAAAUAAUUGUAAUUGUGAAAAGUAUUUACAGUUCAAAAGAUUUAUUAUGUGGGACGAACAUGUCUACAGUGGAAUUAUAUUGUGUGUGUGUGUGUGUGUGUGUGUGUGUGUGUGUGUGUGUGUGUGUGUGUGUGUGAGACAGAAAGAGAGAUGUUUUAAAUAUAUUUACUGACAUACAUUUGAAUAAAUGUAAUGUUUAACUCUCUGCUAUUUUAUUAUUGUUUAAUGUAAUUUUAAACUGAAUAAAGUGAGUAUUAAAUGAA